UUCGCUGGGGCGCGCGGGCUCGGCGCCGCGCCCCUCCACACGGCGCGCCUGCGCGUUUCGGGCUGCACAGGACUACAUUUCCCAGCCGGCCGAGCGGCUGGCGCCGAGGCUGCGGUCAGAUGACCUGGUCGCCUGACCCGCGGAUUGUCAGUGGGUUCCCCCGAGGAGAGCUGACCGCCCUGGGCUGCUGCUGACCUCCGGCAGAGUUGAGCCACAAUGUCCCCGGAAUCUAAAAAGCUUUUCAACAUUAUUAUUUUAGGAGUUGCCUUUAUGUUUAUGUUCACCGCCUUUCAAACUUGUGGAAAUGUGGCGCAAACUGUCAUCAGGAGCUUAAAUAGCACAGAUUUUCAUGGCAGUGGAUAUACCAGCAUGGCAAUUAUAUAUGGAGUGUUCUCCGCUUCAAAUUUAAUUACACCAUCAGUGGUUGCCAUUAUAGGACCUCAGCUUUCUAUGUUUGCAAGUGGUUUAUUUUACAGCAUGUACAUUGCCGUUUUUAUCCAGCCUCUCCCAUGGUCCUUCUACACAGCCUCUGUUUUCAUUGGAAUUGCAGCUGCCGUGCUUUGGACAGCACAAGGAAAUUGCCUGACAAUAAAUUCAGAUGAGCAUACUAUUGGGAGAAACAGUGGAAUUUUCUGGGCACUCUUACAAUCUAGCUUGUUCUUUGGAAAUCUCUACAUAUAUUUUGCUUGGCAGGGGAAAACUCAAAUAUCAGAGAGUGACCGAAGAACAGUGUUUAUUGCCCUGACAGUGAUUAGCCUUGUGGGCACAGUUCUUUUCUUUCUCAUUCGGCAGCCAGAUUCUGAAAACGUCCUAGGAGAAGAUGAAUCUUCUGAUGACCAGGACCUGGAAGUCAAUGAGUCUGCACAGAGUACUAUGGGGAAAGCAGUAGAUGCGUUCAGAAAGUCUCUUAAGUUAUGUGUCACCAAGGAGAUGCUGCUCCUUAGUAUUACAACUGCUUAUACAGGUCUGGAAUUGACUUUCUUCUCUGGUGUCUAUGGAACGUGUAUUGGUGCUGUAAAUAAAUUUGGAACUGAAGAGAAAAGCCUCAUUGGACUUUCUGGCAUUUUCAUCGGCAUUGGAGAAAUCUUAGGUGGAAGCCUCUUUGGCCUGCUGAGCAAGAAUAAUCGUUUUGGUAGAAAUCCAGUUGUGUUGUUGGGCAUCCUGGUGCAUUUUAUAGCUUUUUAUUUGAUAUUUCUCAACAUGCCUGGGGAUGCCCCUAUUGCUCCCGUUGAAGGGACUGAUAGCAGCGCUUACAUCAAAUCCAGCAAAGAAGUUGCCAUCUUCUGCAGUUUCCUGUUGGGUCUUGGGGACAGCUGCUUCAAUACCCAGCUGCUUAGUAUCUUAGGCUUUCUGUACUCUGAAGACAGCGCGCCGGCCUUUGCAGUCUUCAAGUUUGUGCAGUCCAUCUGUGCAGCCGUGGCAUUUUUCUACAGUAACUACCUGCUGCUUCACUGGCAACUCCUGGUCAUGGUGAUAUUUGGAUUCUUUGGGACUAUUUCAUUUUUCUCUGUGGAGUGGGCUGCCGCCGCCAUCGUGGCCCGGGGCUCUGACUACCGAAGCAUUUGACCCGGGGCGCCUGCCAGGUGGGGCACAGCUGCAGGCGGCACAGGGGACGGCAGCCUGGCUGAAGAAGCCACCUUCCCUUUCCGCAGAGUAUUGGAUGAUGUUCAGGAAGGAAAAUCAAAGAAUUAAGACUGCUCAGUCUGCCAGGGUUGGUGUUCAAGUUUACAGACAUUAGCUAUUUAAAACAAGCAGAAUAAGGGAAACUUGUUCUGUCAAUUGUAAUCGUUCAGAAAUGUUGUUUUUCAAUUCCUCUGUCUCAAGUUCCUUAUAAUCAUGUUAUGGAGUGUAAAUGUUUUCUUCGCCCUCCUGUUCUCGUUGAAAGAUGCUGCCCUGAUUCAGAACACUAGGCCGACUGUCAAGUGAAGAUUCUUGCUGGGCAUGGGGCGUGUGCUACUAUGUAAUAAUAGGGAGCAUAUGCCCGCCCCACAUAUGUGUCUGGGAACGACAUUUAAAUAAAUUGUGAGAUGCUGAAGUGGAAUCUUUGAAAAGAUUUGCACUUUCUUCCUCCUUAAACGUUUUGCUUUGGUAAGUUUUCCUACCUUGUCAUUUGUAGCAAGGAGUAGCUAAUUAUUAUAAAACGAGGUAAAAAUUGCUGAAGUUUUAAAAAUGAAUCUAACGUGUAAAUGAACAAAACACAUUAAAAAAUAUAUUUUUUUUUAAUUUAUUCAUUUGAGACACAGAGAUACAGAGAGAGAGCAUGAGCAGAGGGAGAAGCAG